AAACCCACUUUACAUAUGGGUCCACUGAUGACAAGUGAAAAUAUUCAAAAAACUAUUAUAAAUAAGGACUACUACAACCACUUCAAUGCCCUCAUCACAGCUCUCACUACCUUUGGACCCUUCUCCACAGACAAAAAGAGUCCCCCACUCCAAGCUUCUCAAAAAAUGGACACUCCAACAUGGGUUUCCUACGCAGCAGCCUGGAUAGCAACCCUUGCUCUUGUCCUCCUUUCUCGCCGUCUCCGUCGCCGGAAACUCAAAUUACCACCUGGCCCAAAACCAUGGCCCAUCAUCGGAAACCUCAACCUGAUAGGCCCACUCCCACAUAGAUCCAUCCACGAUCUCUCCCAGGAAUACGGGCCCAUCAUGCAUCUCAAAUUCGGAUCCUGCCCUGUGGUCGUCGGAUCCUCCGUGGAAAUGGCAAAGGUCAUCCUCAAAACCCAUGACGUCACCUUCGCUUCCCGGCCCAAAACGGCCGCCGGAAAAUAUACAACCUACAAUUACUCCGACAUAACCUGGUCCCCAUACGGCUCUUAUUGGCGUCAAGCCAGAAAGAUGUGCCUAAUGGAGCUUUUCAGUGCUAAACGCCUCGAUUCCUACGAGUACAUCAGGAAAGAAGAAAUGAAUGCGUUGCUUAAAGGUCUAUACAAAUCGUCGGAAACUCCGGUUAACCUGAAAGACCAUCUUUCGACUGUGAGUCUCAACGUUAUAAGCCGUAUGGUUCUUGGGAAAAAAUACACGGAUGAAACCGAGAACUCGAUCGUGUCUCCUGAGGAGUUCAAGAAGAUGUUGGAUGAGCUUUUCUUGCUGAGUGGGGUCUUGAAUAUCGGGGAUUCGAUUCCUUGGAUUGAUUUCUUGGAUUUGCAAGGCUAUAUUAAGAGAAUGAAAGCUUUGAGCAAGAAAUUUGAUAGGUUUCUUGAGCAUGUUUUGGACGAGCAUAACGAAAGGAGAAAAGGAGUGAAGGAUUAUGUUGCCAAAGAUAUGGUGGAUGUGCUUUUGCAGCUCGCUGAAGAUCCUAACCUUGAAGUCAAGCUUGAAAGACAUGGUGUCAAGGCAUUUACCCAGGACCUGAUAGCCGGUGGAACAGAGAGCUCAGCGGUGACGGUGGAAUGGGCAAUCUCAGAGCUUCUAAAGAAGCCAGAGAUAUUCGACAAGGCAACAGAGGAACUAGACAGAGUGAUAGGAAGAGAAAGAUGGGUCGAAGAGAAGGACAUUGUUAAUUUGCCAUUUGUCGAUGCUAUAGCUAAAGAGACCAUGAGAUUGCACCCUGUUGCACCUAUGUUGGUACCAAGAUUUUCCCGUGAAGAUAUCCAAAUUGCUGGCUAUGACAUUCCCAAAGACACCAGAGUUCUUGUAAAUGUCUGGACAAUAGGAAGAGACCCAACUUUGUGGGACAGUCCUAACGAAUUUUGUCCAGACAGGUUCAUCGGAAAGGCAAUCGAUGUUAAAGGCCACGACUUUGAGCUUUUGCCAUUUGGGUCAGGUCGGAGGAUGUGCCCCGGCUACAGUCUUGGUCUCAAGGUGAUUCAAUCGAGCUUGGCCAAUCUGUUGCAUGGAUUCACAUGGAAAUUGCCACCAAAUAUGAAGAAAGAGGAUUUGAAUAUGGAGGAAAUUUUUGGGCUUUCAACCCCAAAGAAGUUUCCACUUGUUGCAGUCGCAGAGCCUAGGCUUCCUGCUCAUCUUUAUUCACUGUGAUUAGGGUGGGUUUGGGUUUUAAUUCUCCAUCUUCAUCUUGUAAUAAAGUAUUAUUGGGCUUCCAAAGAUCUAUUACUAGUAUAGCCAGCCAAGAGUCGGAAAGAAAAUUAUGCAUGUUCAGUGUUCUAGGCAUUAUGCUUUUAUGGUCAUGCUAUGCUUUGAGAGUGACUUGUUUUAUGUAAUUCCCAAUCCUGACCUGCUUUUGUGUUUUUAAUUAUAUAUAUAUAUAUAUAUAUAUAUGAGUAAGUUAUUUUUCUUA